CACCGGAAGUGUAGUUCGCUGUUUUCACUCGUCGUUAGUGAAAGUCAAGGACCCAAAUGGAUGUUAGAGAGGAGCCUUACCUCUCUGUUUAUUUUCAAUACAACAACAACCAGCAGUGAUGGAGCUUUUAAAGGUGUGGAAAUAGAAAUGAUCUACUCAGCUGUCUGACCCUGAAGAGAACCAACGCAGACAGACGGCCGGACGCCCCAGAGCUGCUGAUGGAGAAUGGAGACCUGGGUCACAUGAUGGGGGAGCCAGUGAGUCUGAAUGUGGGCGGCUGUGUGUACAGCACGUCUCUGUCCACGCUGAAGCGUUACCCAGACUCGAUGCUAGGAGCCAUGUUUGGAGGAGACUUCCCUACCGUCAGGGACGCACGUGGGAACUACUUCAUCGACCGAGACGGACCGCUGUUCCGCUACAUCCUCAACUUCCUGAGGACGUCGGAGCUCACGCUGCCGUGUGACUUUAAGGAAACCGAGCUGCUCAGGAAGGAAGCUGACUUCUAUCAGAUCGAGCCCCUGAUCCAGUGCCUGGGGGACCCCAAACCCCUGCUACCCUAUCCCACAGACACCUACGAGGAGGUAGUGGAGCUGUCCAGCACCAGGAAACUGUCCAAGUACUCCAACCCUGUCGCCGUUAUCAUCACUCAACUCACCAUCACCACCAAGAUCAAAGGGAUGUUGGAGUCCAUCUCCAGCAGUUUCACAAAGUGGAACAAACACAUGAUGGACACCAGAGACUACCAGGUGUCUUUCACCUUCGGACCAUGUGACCACCAACAGGAAGUCAGCCUGCGUGUCCACCUGCUCGACUUUAUCUCCAAAGCUGGUUACACGAUACGCAACACACGUGUUCACCACAUGAGCGAGCGGGCCAAUGAAAACACAGUGGAGCAUCACUGGACGUUCUGCAGACGGACUCACAAAGUCUAUGACUGAUGGAUGAACUCAUGAGUGGACUCAGUGACGGACAGAAGAUGUCAUCAGAGACAUGAAGAGACUGUUUGUUUUCUUGUUUAUGUUUACUCUGAUGUGUUGUUUUUGAUCUAAAGCACGAUGUGAGGUUACUUAAAGGCAUUUUAUUAUUUACAUGUGAUGUGUUAUCAGAUACAACCCUUACUCUAACAUCUGUACAAUGUGGCUUAAAGUAUGUGGACAACUCUUUUAAUGUUUAAAGCUCCUUUAAGGAGAUUUCAGCUGGUAAUAAGACAGUCUUAGGACUGAAAGGGUGAAAAUCCCCUCAGACGGGUUCACUAAAAUUCAGAAUCCAAGCCUAAAACCAGAAGAAUUAAUUAUGUUUCAGUAGCUGAUCAACGCCCAUGGCUUUGCUAUUUGCUAUUUUUUUUAUAACUCAUUAGUUUGGAAGAUACAAAGGUAACAAGUGUUGCAUAGUUAGAGGCUGACUGACAGGCGGGCACGCUGUAGCUGUAAGUGAGGAGGUUAAAAGUCUGCCUCAACUCCACCUCUUUGCUUCAUGUUAGGUGGAGUCAGUAUUUCCAAUAUGGCGACAACCUUCAAAACUCAGUUUCAGAAACCAAUGGGUGACGUCAUUGAGACUACCUCCAAGUAUUAUACCGUCAAUGGUAACAUCAUGAUUCCUUAAAGGGGUGGUGUUUGGAAGAAAUCCACAUACUUUUGGCCUCUUGUUGUAUGGUACAUUCGAGAUGUGUGUCUUAUCAGUAGUAUUAUAAAUCUGUAUUACAUUAA